AUGUCCGAUGUAUUACCCCGCUCGCAGAAAGACGCCUCAACGGCCGGCGGAUAUGUCGCUAGCGAGGUCGGACAGCAAUCCAGGCAUGGCGGGACGGCACCAGUCGUACAUACUUUCCAGACCGCAUGGGAAAGUUUUGUUGGCUCAUUAUUGGAGGAGUGGAAGUCGAUCACCGUCGUGUCCGCACUAUUGUCCGCGUCUAUCCUAGCUUUACUCGCCCUAGAUGGGGCUUUAGAUGAUCCGGUCACACGCACAGCCGGGCUGGCAUCUUUGCUCUGUUCUCUCUGGAGCAUCGUGUAUUCGUCCAUGUACAUUGUGCGCUUCAGUCAGAUGCAGAGACGACUGCGCCGGGCGGUCAAUUGGGCUCGGGAAGCGCGAAAGGCCGGGACCAACACCAUCUGGAACGUCUGGGUGCUCUUAGCUAUGCCUCUGAUCUGGCUCAUGUGGUCACUCAUCGCUUUCAUGGUUUCUGCCAUGUCCUUCGUCUGGUUCUCGGCAUCCAGCACAAGCUCUCAAUCUGGUGUUACAUCUGCAGGGGUCACGCUUGGUACACGCAUCUUCAUAUGCUUUGUACUUGGUCUUGGGUUCCUCUACCUUCUAGCGAUCUUGAACAGUCUUCGUCACUACGGUAGGGAGAUGGAUCGCGUUGGCGGAGCAAUGAACCCAAAGAGCUUAGAGGAGGCAUCUGAGUCGGAUAGUGUACGGAGCACCCUCAUCAUCCCGCAUGGCGCUACCGGGGUGUCCCCGAUCGUACGCGACUACCUCCAGCGCACACUGCCCUAUUAUGGACAGACGCCAAAAGUAGAAUCAACAGGCACAGCCUAUUAUGUUCCCUUUUCGCCUCCCCUUGGAACGUAUUAUGUCGCGAGAAGUCCGCACCAUCGAGAGGCACACCCUCUCCCUGGUAUUCUUCGGAACUCGGCCUACCCAGUUCGCCGCCGUCCGCAUACGGGAGAGCCGCUUACUGUCGCAUUUUCUGAAUCUGACGAGCCGAUAAUACCGAGUUCGCCUGUCACUGAAGUCGCAUCCGAGAGAUCGGUGAUGGUGCCCGAUAAUAUCUUCGACGCUUUCCCGGUGAUUACACUAGACGACGCAGACAUCAACCGAGAGCAUCCCAGACCACCGCAACUCCGUAACGUGAGAUCCGAUGUCGUCUGGAAGAGAUUCGUUGAGGACGUACGGACCGCCUGGUCGACCGGUUUCUGCUGGGACUCAAACUCAUCAUGGGCCUCCCUGAACCUCAGCCCCUCUGAAGCUGUGUUCGAAAUCUGUCGUGCGUGGGGGAAGCGAACGUUCGAGGCGCACGGAGUUCGACCGUAUCUUUGUGAGGAGUGGUGGGAGGAUGGAUCGACAUCGCUCUGUGUCUACGUGACGAUGUCUCCACUCGGACAAGACUGGACCCAUAGCUUCUGUACACUUCGAGAUGGCGUACGCAUGGUCGUGGUCCGUGCCACACCAUCUCGAGGAGAGGUUUUGCACGAAUAUCUCACAAUCAGACGUGCUGAAGAUAGCCGUCUCAUCUACGGAUCUCAGUUUCAUGAGCCCACGGGUCUUGUUGCUGGUGAUGUGACAAGUAAAACAGCAACUUCUAGGCUUCCCAGUCCUCCGAGGACUCCGCACGCGUCGACGCCAGAGCCCGAAUUACCAGCUUUGCCUCCGCUUUUUGACGACAAUACCGGCAUGGGGCGGUCUACUCCGGGACAUAUGGCCAUAACGCAAGAGUCGACGGAGGCUCGAGACGAUUUGGGUGAUCCUCAAGCGGAUCCCCCUAGCUCUCGAGAUGGGGCACUGUCGCUCUCUCGCGAACAAGCCCCUACCUCGGAGAGCUUCAACGCAUUUCGAGCCAUACAAUUGAACGAGUCGGAUGGUACUCGUGUUGCUUUCCCUGCACAGCUUCGCAAUGUCAUAUCUGUUCCCGUCUGGGAUGCAUUUGUCGAGGCUAUACACAGCUCGUGGAAGACGGGCGCGUUCUGGGAGUCAUCUGCGCAUAACCGUCGUCCUAUGUCGCUCGGUCCUGCAGAGGCCACCUUCGAGAUGUGCUGUAGAUGGGCGGCUGAGACGUUUCAGAAUAAGGGCGUGCAACCAUUACUGUGCGAGGAAUGGCUCACGAGCGGGAUGAGGUCUCUCUCCAUCUAUGUCUCCCGGAUAGGCGAGGACUGGGCGUCGGUAUUUGGAAGCCUUGGAGAGGAUGUGCGCAUGGUCAUGAUCUGGACCCAGCCAAUCCCGGAAGAAGGCCCUCACACGCUCGUGAUGAUCAAUCGAAAUCCGGACACUACUGAGACAUCCAUCGGCUUCGCAUACGAGAAUCGACGCUCAUUCAGAUAUGGACGUGCAAGAUACAAUCCUGAGAGGAUGACACUGCUUCCCUACCAGACGGACGCACAGUACUCUUCGAACGCGCUUAUGCUGCGGUUCUCUGGCUCCAUAUCGUCGACGUACCCCCACCCCCAUGACGAGGCGCGUGUGAGAUUUUCGACCAAGCGAGAUGUAGCGGAGGGGCACUCAUCUGAGGGCAGAGGUGCCACGGCAUCUGAGCCGCCGCUGGCCGAAGCCAUUGUAAUACGAGCUCCCGGGGUCAACUCGCUUUCCCAAACUCUCGCAUCAGCUCCGACUACGCACUCUCUAGGCUCAUUGAACAUGCAAACACCCGAGGCAGCAGUGUCAGGUCACGACGUAGGGCCAGCGAGAGACCUGGCAUCGCGCGUAGAUUCUAGUCCACCUGGUGCUUCUAUGACAGUGGUUGGCAGAUCGGACUUAUGUCAACCUCACAGCGGCAAAGGCGCACCGCUAGACGGGAUGGACGUGGUUCCACCGGUUUGGAGAUUGGUCGAUGAUCGGGAUAAUCCCACCCCGCCAUCACGACCACACGCAGACGACGGUGUUCCAUCGACCACGAUGACAGUUCCCGAAGACGUCGAUGGUUCAUCUUCAUCCACCCGACAUCUGGCGAACGAGCAUACGCCGUGGAAAAGACGCUCGACUUCGCCCUCUAUCGCGCCGAUGGUGACAACCCGACCACCAGGCAUCGUCAGCUCGCCCGGACAAGUGACCUCGCAGCCAAGUAUGUCAUUGGCAUCGCACUGGCGAUUAGUAGACGACCGGGAUGAUGAUGAGUCUACUACAUGA